AUGGAGCAAUUUGCAUCACAGACAAACUUUACAAGGCAAUCAUUAGCAGUUACUUUCUGCUGGGAACGGAUUCCUCCGUCCCUUUUACUGGCAGUGAAGCAAAACGAUGUGGAUGAAGGGAAAGAACAGGAAAGGAAAGAAGCUGAACGAAAAGCACAAGAGAGUCUUACUCCUUUCCCCCAAGAAGUGGUGCUGGCUGUAGUAGAAGCAAAAGUGGAGGAACUGACAGAUGUUUCCUCUCCAGAUCUUCCAGAGCCAGAACCUCUAGAGGCCAAAGCAUCUAAAGAAUCUCCUCCAUCACCAUCUCCUAAAGGUAAAAAAAGAAAGAAAGAUGAAGCAGCCAAAGGAAAAGAAACAGGAAGCAAGCCAGGUACUCCACGAGGAAAAUCGCCAGGGAGAGCAGCACCACCACCCCCUGAAGAAUUAUCACCUCCUGCUUCUAUAGAACCACCUCCAAUUAAACCAGGAUCAGAUGAAUGGGUUUAUGUCGAUGAUCCACUCCCACCCGAAGUGCCUGAAUUCUUAGUCCCUUGCUGGGAACUCAUAGAGGCAGCCUAUGCGAGUAGCAUAAAAGCUAUUCUUCGGCAACUCAGGAUUGAGCAGUACAUCGCCAUUCACUACCUGUCAGACAUCAGAUAUUCUUUCAAGGAAUAUUUGAAACGUCCUGACCACAAACAGGAGUUUGUGACUCAGUGGCAAGCCGACUUUAACUCAGUUGCUGAUGACCUGUGGGAGGAUGAUGAAACGAAAGAGGAGCUUCACCAAAGAGUUACUGACCUGAAAGAUCGCCUGUGGGAUAUAUGUGAAAACAGAAGGGAUGAAGCUGAGCAAGAGCGCAGCGAUAUCAUGAACAACGGCUGGUUGCCAGAUCGGAUGGGGCUCCUGAUUAAUCACAUCCUUUCACUUAUGCAGUAUGAACUGGACCGUUUCCAAGAAACCAAGAGACUUUUACAUGACUAUUAUAGAGGAAUGGAAGGCAAAAUCCCUACGGAAACCAACACAGAGUUUACCAGAAUACCACUAACGGACCUGAUUCAAAUAGAUGAAGAGGGCAAGAUUAAAAUAAUCCCUUUAUUAGCUCGCAAGUGUCCUUCUCCAGAGAUAGUACUUACCAAGCUAAAAAGCAAAGCAUUUCAAGCAAAGAAUGCAAAGGAGGAUUAUCCGACUUCUGAAGGUGCCUUGUUCAAUUUUAGUUCUGAUGAGAAACUGAUCUCUGAGACUUGGCACAACGCUGUCGUUACAAUAUCUCAUAUGGUUAGUACUGAAAUGCAAGUAAGAGAGGCUGAAGAAGAAAAAGAGCGCCUGCAGCAAGAAAUAAAAGAGAAAGAACACCAGAAAUUUUCCCAAGCAGCUGCUGGCAAAGGUGGAAAAGAAGGCAAAGGGGGAAAGGGCGGAAAAGGCGGAAAAGAGGGAAAAGGUGGAAAGGAGGCAAAGGGGGCUGGAAAGGAGGCCAAAGAUAGCAAAAAAGGAAAAAAGAAAGACUCUCCAUCUGUGGUUGAACCAACACCAAUUACUCUAUCCCCAGAGGAAUUAAAAAAACAAGAAUUGAAACUUAAAUUGAAGCAGGAAUUUUUUGCGGCACUGGAGCUAGAAGCGGAUGCUGCAAAAUCUCGACUUGAGCUGAUAAAAAUUAAAGCACAUUACUUCAUUCAAGAUCUAAUCUCGAAAACUGAACUAACAUACAGGAAUAUGGAAAAAUGGCUUGGAGAGAGAUACCUGGCUGAAAUGUCCAGUGUUGACAAAUUAAUCGAAGUUGCCCGCCGUCAUAUUGAAGCAUCUACUAGAAUCCAGAAUGAGCUAGUUCUAGAAGGGACAGAGUUUUACGUAAAUGGUGAUAUCAUAGUAUUCCCGGAUCCUGUUCCUCCACCCCGCCCUCCAUCAGUAGAGACGGCAAUAAAUGGUACUCUAACUAUUUCACAGCUUAGCGGCCUUCAUAAGCAGUUUCUACAGGUGGCACCUAAAGGUUUAAUAGUGAGCACAGCAUUCAUGGACAUUAUUUAUGACUUGACCACUUUGAAUCUUGGUUUCAACGUACUUCCUGAUAGCUGGAUGCACCUCUCCACUUAUGAUAUACGAAACCUGGCAUCAAUGCUAACUGUGAAGUUGAACAUGGUGGACUGGCGCCGGUUCUUACUAGCUGCUUCCCAGCCUUGGGACGUACCCACUGUGAUGGAGUUGCUUGAGACACUGGAAAGAUUCCGGGCUGCGGGUGAAGAUAGAUCAGGCUUUGUUACACAAAAACAGUAUCACCAGGCUGGUCUUUGGUUUAAAGGCGGUGAAGAACUUGUCAUUCCAGAAAGUCCAACAGAGCCCUUACCAUUUAACCGGCAGGAACACCUUAUAGAGUUUUUAUUCACUUUAUUUGCUGAUGUCAAAAAUAAUUUGCCUCUGCUGAACUACGCCGAGAUGUUGCUGUAUUUUGCCGCUGAUGCCGAUGCUGUGGAUGGUGUCUAUCGGGCCCUCAGUGUUGCUACAGGAACAUACACUCACAGGAAGAAAGAGAAACGCCUUCCUGUUCCUCAUGUGUUCACUUCCGAACUUAUUGAUGAACAUGAUGAGCUAAUUGAGGAGGAGGAAGGUGGUGAAGAAGACGAGGAGGAAGAAGAAGAGAAGGAAAAAGAAGAUGAAGAUGAAUUUUACACCAACGAUGGAAUAAUUUCUCUGGCUACCCUACUCAGAGUGUUUCAGCAUGAAACAAUUGAAGCAGCUGACAGCUGUCGAUAUAGUGAUUAUCUGUCAGAAAUGGGCAAUUAUGAGCAUUUCAUUAAAGUGUACAAGCAGCUUGGCUCCGAAGAUUUGGAACCCAUCACUGUGGCGCUACUUUUGAUGCAUCCCUUCAUUCAAGACUUGGUGAACACCUACCAGGAUUACAAGCUUCCUGAUUUUAAAAUGCUUCUGCAGAGAGUUGACCAAACACAGCCCUUGAAUGGAGAUAUCAGUUUCUUAUGAAGAAGUUAAAAUAGGGAUGGGGGAGAAACUCUCAAAGUUACUUUUAGUGCAACAGAAGUAUUUCUGCGCAUCCUUCCUCUGUUGUGGAACCGUAUCCUCUAAUUAGCGUGGUUAUGUU